CGAAGGUGGAUGCUUUCGCGGUCGGUCUUUCGCUUCGCCUUCGAUGCCGUGUUCGUACUCGCAGUCACGGAUGAUAUUCCAACGAAUUCUACAUGAAUAGCGAUUAUUUAUAAAUUUCAAGUCAUAAGUGUUAUGUUAUCUAUUCUGCAAGUAGAUUUGAAGACUGAUUGUAAAGUGUUUGUGCUGUGGAUUUAAAUUGGGUACGAUUGGCUACGGUCCCGCAUCCAAAGUGAAAUAUUUUGUGUGUGCCGACGAUUUAUGUGUAUAACCCGGCUAAAAAAACAUUUCUGGACCCAUAAAAGAAGAUAGUUGAGCGUGGCGGUGAGGUAGAGGUUGGUCGCGAUGACGACCGACAUAUCGGUGUCCCGCUGGGACCCGUCCAUCGGCCAUGGUCAGGAGAUCAUCGACGAGUUCGAGUACGAUGGCGGCAAUUCGUCGUCGAGGCUAUUCGAACGAUCGCGCAUUAAGGCGUUAGCAGACGAACGAGAAAGUGUGCAGAAGAAAACUUUUCAAAAAUGGGUGAACUCCCACUUGGUGCGCGUCGGGUGCCGUAUCAGCGACCUGUACGUCGACAUGAGGGAUGGCAAGCAACUCAUCAAAUUGCUCGAAGUGCUCUCCGGAGAAAGAUUGCCACGCCCAACAAAAGGCAAGAUGCGUAUCCACUGCUUGGAGAAUGUGGAUAAAGCGUUGCAGUUCUUGCGCGAACAACGAGUGCAUUUGGAGAAUAUGGGAUCCCACGACAUCGUUGACGGAAACCCGAGGCUCAGUCUCGGUCUCAUUUGGACCAUCAUUUUGCGCUUCCAGAUCCAAGACAUCACAAUCGAAGAAACAGACAACAAGGAGACAAAAUCAGCCAAGGAUGCUUUACUUCUCUGGUGUCAAAUGAAGACAGCUGGUUACAACAACGUGAAUGUCCGAAACUUCACGACUUCAUGGCGUGAUGGGCUCGCGUUCAACGCGAUCAUACACAAGCACAGGCCCGACCUCAUUCAGUUCGACAAACUGCACAGAAGCAAUCCCAUGCACAACUUGAACAAUGCUUUCAAUGUCGCUGAGGAGAAACUUGGACUCACCAAGCUGUUGGAUGCUGAAGAUAUCGCCGUCGACCACCCCGACGAGAAGUCAAUCAUCACAUACGUGGUGACGUACUACCACUACUUCAGUAAGAUGAAGCAGGAGACGGUGCAGGGCAAGAGGAUCGGCAAGGUCGUCGGCAUCGCCAUGGAGAACGACAAGAUGAUGCAGGAGUACGAGUCGCUUACCAGCGAUCUCCUGCAAUGGAUCGAGCGUACUAUCGAAGCGCUCGGUGACCGAACGUUCGCGAACUCAUUGGAGGGUGUGCGCCAGCAACUCAUACAGUUCGCUAACUACCGCACUGUGGAGAAACCACCUAAGUUCGUGGAGAAGGGUAACCUGGAAGUCCUCCUAUUCACCCUGCAGUCACGCAUGCGCGCCGCCAACCAGAAGCCGUACACUCCUCGCGAGGGCAAGAUGAUCCACGACAUCAACCGCGCCUGGGAGAGGCUCGAGAAGUCCGAACACGAGAGGGAACUCGCACUCCGAGAGGAACUCAUCAGGCAGGAGAAACUUGAACAACUUGCUGCCAGAUUCAACCGCAAGGCUCAGAUGCGUGAGACGUGGUUGUCUGAGAACCAGCGCCUGGUGAGCCAGGACAACUUCGGCUUCGACCUGGCCGCAGUGGAGGCGGCCGCUAAGAAGCACGAGGCCAUCGAAACUGAUAUCUUCGCGUAUGAAGAACGCGUGCAGGCUGUUGUUGCCGUCUGUUCUGAGUUGCAGGCUGAGAGAUACCACGACAUGGAGCGUGUAUGCGCGCGACGUGACAACGUGCUUCGUUUGUGGGCGUACCUGUUGGAGCUACUGCGGGCCCGGCGAGCGCGCCUCGAACUCAGUCUGCAGCUGCAACAGAACUUCCAGGAGAUGCUAUACAUCCUGGACUCCAUGGAGGAGAUCAAGAUGCGUCUGCUGACGGACGACUACGGCAAGCAUCUCAUGGGCGUCGAGGAUCUACUGCAGAAACACGCGCUUGUAGAGGCUGAUAUCAAUGUACUGGGAGAGAGGGUCAAGGUGGUAGUAGGCCAAUCCCAGCGGUUCCUGGAGCAAGAGGAAGGUGGUUACAGGCCAUGCGACCCCGCCAUCACAGUGGAGCGCAUUCAGCAACUCGAGAACGCUUACGCUGAACUUGUACACCUCGCCGUGGAACGCAGAAAGCGCCUGGAGGACAGCCGCAAGUUGUGGCAGUUCUACUGGGACAUGGCGGACGAAGAGAACUGGAUCAAGGAGAAGGAGCAGAUCGUCUCCGUCGAUGACAUCGGUCAUGAUCUUACUACCGUGUACCUCCUGAUCUCCAAACACAAGGCGUUGGAGGCGGACGUGCAGGCUCACGAGCCACAACUGAUGAGUGUCGCCGCAGUCGGAGAUGAACUCAUCUCGCAAGGACACUUCGGAGCUGACAGGAUACAGGAUCGUCUCCGUGACAUCCUGUCCCAAUGGAACCACCUAUUGGACCUGGUCUCCCUGCGUAAGAACCGCCUUGACGCGGCCGUGCGCUACCAUCAACUCUUCGCUGAUGCUGAUGAUAUCGACAACUGGAUGUUGGAUACACUCAGGUUGGUGUCAUCCGAAGAUACCGGUGUUGAUGAGGCUCAAGUACAGAGCUUGCUGAAGAAACACAAGGAUGUUACCGACGAACUCAAGAACUACGCCAAUGUUAUCCAGCAGCUCAAACAACAGGCGGGCACGCUGUCCCCGGUGGACGCGACGAGCGCGGAGGUGGUGUCCCGUCUGGGCGCGGUGGACGCGCGGCACGGCGAGCUGGCGGAGCUGGCGCGGCUGCGCAAGCAGCGCCUGCUGGACGCGCUCAGCCUCUUCAAGCUGCUGGCCGAGGCCGACGCCGCCGACCAGUGGAUCGCAGAGAAGGACCGCAUGCUCGACACCAUGCUGCCGCCCAAGGACAUCGACGACGUCGAGAUCAUGAAGCACAGAUACGACGGUUUCGACAAGGAGAUGAACGCCAACGCGUCCCGCGUGGCCGUGGUGAACCAACUGGCGCGGCAACUCAUCCACGUGGAGCACCCGCAGGCCGCGCGCAUACAGGACCGACAGGCCGCGCUCAACUCCGCAUGGAGCGCGCUACGGGAGAAGGCGGAAGGCAAGAAGGACGAGCUGAAGUCCGCGCAGGGCGUGCAGACGUUCCACAUCGAGUGCCGCGAGACUGUGUCCUGGAUCGAGGACAAGAAGAGGAUCCUGCAGCAGACCGACAACUUGGAGAUGGAUCUCAACGGUGUGAUGACCCUCCAGCGUCGCCUGUCCGGUAUGGAGCGCGACCUGGCCGCCAUCCAGGCUCGCAUCUCGUCCUUGGAGAGCGAGGCCAACGCCAUCGAGGGAGACCAUCCAGAGGAGGCACAGCUCAUUCGCGACCGUGUCACCAUGAUCACGGAGAACUGGGAACAACUCACGCAGAUGCUCAAAGAGCGCGACGCGAAGUUGGAGGAGGCUGGCGACUUGCACCGCUUCCUUCGCUCCGUGGAUCACUUCCAGGCUUGGCUCACCAAGACACAGACCGAUGUCGCUUCCGAGGAUACGCCAUCGAACCUGGCGGAGGCGGAGAAGCUGUUGUCUCAGCACCAGACCAUCAAGGAGGAGAUCGACAACUACAAGGACGAGUACGCCAAGAUGAUGGAGUACGGAGAGAAGAUCACUGCCGAGCCGUCCACCCAAGACGACCCGCAGUACAUGUUCCUGCGCGAGCGGCUGAAGGCGCUGCGCGAGGGCUGGGCCGAGCUGCAGCAGAUGUGGGAGAACAGGCAACAACUGCUCGCGCAGAGCCUCGAGCUGCAGCUGCUGCAGCGGGACGCCAGGCAGGCUGAGGUGCUACUGGCGCACCAGGAACACAGGUUAGGCAAGACCGAGCCACCAACCAACCUGGAGCAGGCCGAGAACAUGAUCAAGGAGCACGAGGCUUUCCUCACCACCAUGGAGGCCAACGACGACAAGAUCAACUCCGUCGUACAGUUCGCCAACCGCCUCGUCGAAGAGAGACACUUCGACGCCGACAAGAUCCAGCGCAAGGCUGAGAACAUCGACGCCAGGCGCAAUGCCAACCGGGAGAAGGCACUCCAGCAGAUGGAGAAACUCCAGGACCAGCUACAGCUGCACCAGUUCCUGCAGGACUGCGACGAGCUCGGAGAGUGGGUGCAGGAGAAGAAUGUCACCGCUCAGGACGACACGUACCGCUCGGCCAAGACCAUCCACUCCAAGUGGACCCGCCAUCAAGCUUUCGAAGCAGAGAUCGCGGCUAACAAGGAACGCCUGUUCGCAGUACAGAAUGCUGCUGAAGAGCUCAUGAAGCAGAAACCCGAAUUUGUCGAAAUCAUCUCCCCGAAAAUGUCCGAACUGCAAGAUCAGUUUGAGAACCUGCAAACCACUACUAAGGAGAAGGGAGAACGCCUAUUUGACGCCAACCGCGAAGUUUUGCUGCACCAGACUUGCGACGACAUCGACUCAUGGAUGAACGAACUCGAGAAACAAAUCGAGAACACCGACACCGGCACUGAUCUGGCAUCUGUGAACAUUCUCAUGCAGAAGCAACAGAUGAUCGAGACACAGAUGGCCGUUAAAGCCAAGCAAGUCACCGAACUGGAGACUCAGGCUGAAUAUUUGCAGAAGACCGUCCCGGACAAGAUGGACGAGAUCAAGGAGAAGAAGAAGUCGGUGGAGCAGCGGUUCGAGCAGUUGAAGGCGCCAUUGUUGGACCGCCAGCGUCAGCUGGCCAAGAAGAAGGAAGCCUUCCAGUUCCGUCGCGACGUCGAGGAUGAGAAGCUCUGGGUGCACGAGAAGAUGCCACAGGCCACCACUACGGACUACGGCAACUCUCUGUUCAUCGUGCAGAUGUUGCAGAAGAAGAACCAGUCGCUCAAGACUGAGACUGACAACCACGAGCCGAGGAUCCUGACUGUAAUCUCUAACGGACAGAAGCUGAUUGAUGAGGGACACGAGGAUACGCCCGAGUUCAAGCAGCUUAUUGAAGAACUUACCGCGAGGUGGCGAGAACUGAAGGAUGCCAUCGAAGAACGCAAGAACAAACUGUCCCAAUGGGAGAAGGCACAACAAUACCUAUUCGACGCGAAUGAAGCAGAAGCAUGGAUGAGCGAACAGGAGCUGUACAUGAUGGUGGAAGACCGCGGCAAGGACGAGAUCUCCGCGCAGAACUUGAUGAAGAAGCAUGAGAUACUGGAACAGGCCGUCGAUGACUACGCGCAUACCAUCAGGCAGCUUGGAGAGACUGUACGACACCUCACUGCUGAUGAACAUCCGCUCAGUGAGCAGAUCUCAGUGAAGCAGUCUCAAGUAGACAAGCUGUAUGCGGGUCUGAAGGACCUGGCAGGCGAGAGACGUGCCAAGUUGGACGAGGCGCUCCGCCUCUUCCAGCUGUCCAGGGAGGUUGAUGACCUCGAGCAAUGGAUCACCGAGCGAGAACUUGUGGCUAGCUCGCAAGAACUUGGACAGGACUACGACCAUGUUACCUUAUUAUGGGAGCGUUUCAAGGAGUUCGCCCGCGAGACCCAGGCGGUUGGGUCGGAGCGCGUGGCCACCGCGGAACGUAUCGCCGACCAGAUGAUCGCCAUGGGACACUCCGACAACGCCACCAUCGCGCAGUGGAAGGAGGGACUCAAGGAGACCUGGCAGGACCUGCUCGAGCUUAUUGAGACUAGGACACAGAUGUUGGCAGCGUCUCGCGAGCUGCACAAGUACUUCCACGACUGCAAGGACACGCUGCAGCGCGUGAACGAGAAGGCGCGCGGCGUCAGCGACGAGCUGGGCCGGGACGCCAUCAGCGUCGGCGCGCUGCAGCGGAAGCACCACAACUUCAUGCAGGACCUCAGCACUCUGCACCAACAGGUGGAGGCGAUCCGCGCGGAGUGCGGUCGUCUGGGCGCGAUGUACGCGGGCGAGAAGGCGGCGGAGAUCACGCGGCGCGAGGCGGAGGUGCGCGAGGCGUGGGCCGCGCUGUCGGCGGCCUGCGCGGCCCGGACCACCAAGCUGGAGGACGCCGACCACCUCUACCGGUUCCUCAACCAGGUGCGCACGCUCACGCUCUGGAUGGACGACGUCGUACGGCAGAUGAACACCGGGGAGAAACCGCGUGACGUCAGCGGCGUAGAACUCCUAAUGAACAACCACCAAUCUCUGAAGGCGGAGAUUGACACGCGCGAGGAUAAUUUCUCAGCUUGCAUCUCAUUGGGUCGCGAGCUAUUAGCGCGGCAACACUACGCGUCCGCCGACAUUAAGGAGAAGCUGCUGCAACUGACCAACCAACGGAACGCCUUGUUACGCCGCUGGGAGGAACGCUGGGAGAACCUUCAACUCAUCCUGGAGGUAUACCAGUUCGCCCGCGACGCUGCAGUGGCGGAGGCCUGGCUCAUAGCACAGGAGCCUUACCUAAUGUCACAAGAACUUGGUCACACCAUUGACGAAGUAGAAUCUCUCAUCAAGAAACACGAGGCCUUCGAGAAGUCCGCCGCAGCACAGGAGGACCGCUUCUCAGCUCUACAGAGGCUCACUACCCUUGAACAGCGUGAGUCUGCAAUGUGGCCUAGUGCACAACCUUGGGAUAAAUGUGACGAAUCAGACUUUACCUACCAACCCCCACCCGCAACCAAAUCUCACCCACCUCUCACUAUAACCAUUAACAAAAACGAACGACCCGUCAGCCAAGUAGUCGAAGAAAUUAUAACAGAUAGCAACAAGUUUAACAUACCAGAGAAAAUUAAGGCUAGAACACUAAAUAUUAACUACGCGAAUAACCAAAAGAAGAACGAUUCCUACCUAUGGUCCCCGAAUAAUAAAAACAAUAGUUUAUCAACAAUAUCGGAGACCAGUUCCGCGCCAAACUCGCCCUUAAUGUCUCCAAUGUCACCUGAGAUAUACAGCUCAGUUUUCUUUGAGUUCCCCGAUCAGACAGAGAAAGCGAAUGAGUACCUGGCCUGUAUAGACUUGAUACUCUGGGAGCGGUUGUCGUAUCUAAAUGUUUACCCGAACGUAUCAUUACUAAGGCAUAAAAGCAAUAGUUCGUCAAAAUCUAGUUUGAAGCGGUUUAUUAGGAAAUGGUCUAAGAAAGCGAAGGCAGAGAAUGACGUUAAGGGUGAAGUUGCAGUGCUUUCGCUGCCUGGUCUGACGAGUAGUUCGAAAGCUAUUAAUGAUCUUGGGAAAGAAGUAAAGAGUAUACCCUUAAGUUCCUCCCUCCUCCUGUUGGCCCAAACCCGUAACCUGUUGUGUCCCGACGGUGCAUGGUACUAUAACUAUUUGGACAGUUUCGAAGUGAAAGAGAAGAAGCGAAGACAGGAGGCUGCAGAAGCCGCGGAGAGGGAGAAGCGAGAGCGCGAGGCUGCCGAGGCUGCGGCCGCCGCCGCCGCCGCGCAGGACGCCGUGGACAGGGCGCAGACCCCCGAGCAACAACCACAAGAGUUGGGCGAGCCGUCCCCCGCCACUCCCCCCGCGACCCCCGCGACCCCUGCGACCCCCGUGGCGGUCGCCCUCACCGAGACCGACUCCCCGCCCCGACCCUCGACCUCCAAGCAGACGCCCGCCAAACCUGCUCGCCUCUCCACUCCCGGGACGAGUUCGACGCCAGCCACGCCGUCUAGUUCCGGUAAGGUGAAGUCGCGGUCGCGAAGCAAGUCGCCCUUCAGGAGUUUCCGAUGGCGCACGGCGAAGAAACUGCUCGCCGGAUCUCAUCAUAGCGACGAUGAAGAGGGCGCUAGUCCCGCGAGUGAGGACGAGGGCGUAGAGGGAACAUUGGUGCGCAAACACGAGUGGGAGUCCGCCGCCAAACGAGCUUCCAACAGAUCAUGGGACAAAGUGUACGUGGUGGCAAAGGACGGCCGCAUGGCGUUCUACAAGGACCAGAAGGCGUACAAGGCGUCACCUGACGCGCACUGGCGCGGCGAGGCACCUCUCGACCUCAACGGCGCCGUCGUAGAGGUCGCCGCCAACUACACUAAGAAGAAGCAUGUGUUCCGUCUUAGACUGAGCAGCGGCGCGGAGUUCCUGCUGCAGGCGCACGACGAGGCGGAGAUGUCGUGGUGGCUGGAGUCGCUGCGCGCGCGCGCCGCGGCGCCGGCGCCCCGCUCGCACACGCUGCCCGCGCCGCACAACGCCGAGCCCAAGCGGCGCUCCUUCUUCACGCUCAAGAAAAAGUCAGUCACUCUCCUCUCCCAACUAUACGCACCCUAACAUCACCUAACCAGUUGAGGGGCGUGGCGGCGCAAGUUUCCUCAGUACGCGGCGGCGCCCGAGAGAGUGGCGCCGCGCAUUUCUCACGACGCUUGCAGCUGUAAGCUUUGCUAAUGACGAAAUAUGUCGACUCGCGGCACUAUCCACCGUCGACCGUUCAAUGUUAUUAUUAUUAAUAUUAUUUUUUGUUGCGUACGAAACGUUAUUUGAGACUGUUCGGUAUCUGAGUGUUCGAUCGUUCGCCCUCGUAAACCGUAUUUAUUGUUCGAUAUUCGUAUCGAAGAUUGAAGAUAUUAAAGUAGAUUUUAUCCAGGUAUGUACGAUCCCACCCCUCGAAAGUGUAAUUGUUAUGAUAUGAAACGAUUAUGAUUAAAUGAAAUAAAUACAUAUUAUUAUUAUAAUAAAAUUCUAAAUGCGUCGCUAUUUAUACAUAGAUGAUUUUAGUGUUUAAAUUCAGAUUGAGAAUAUAUAUAUAUUUUAAUUAUUUAUAUUUAAAAGAUAUGGAGCUAGUGUAAUGUAAAUUCAGUUGAACUAGAAAUGUAUGUCGUGCGAUUUAUUAAAGAUUCAAUUAAAAAGUUUUAAACUAUUAUUGACCAAUGUAAAACCAAUUGACGGAAUUUGACUAUCGCAUUUGAUAAUGUUUAACUUAGCUAAGACGGAUGAUUGUAACCGCAUUUACAUUCAAUAGACGAUUUCCCAGUGGAUUGACGUUAUACUAAUAAAUUACAUCGUGAGCUUUGCUUCGUCGGAGCAUCGCGCGAUAACAUAACGUAAGCUACGUACAUAAAUUGUAUUAGAUGUAAUUUGAUUAUAAAGUGUCUUCUCCCGGCGCGAGGCCGCCGCGGUCCGCCCGCUGAAGCCGCAUUUAAUAAUAUUGUCAGGUUUGUUGGUAGUCGGCCGUCGCUAGCGGCGCCGAGUAGAUGUAGAGUACAGUACAGUACAGUACGGUACGGUACAGUACAGGUGGCGGCGGGCGGCGGCGGCUCGCGCCAUUAGUAUCCAACUUGUAAGUAUGCUUGAUCGCCUCAUAAGUGCUUCUAUAAAAUGACGUAUUUCUAUUAAACAUUCAUUUUGUAAUAAUUAUUUUUACUGCCAAUUUUCACAAAUUGUUAAUUUUUAUAAGUAAUAUAACAAAAUUUCACAUUUCAUAAUAUUACGUACACACAUUUUUAGUUCUAAUCGUGUUAUGGUUAUUGUAUAUUUGGCGAGUGUGGCGGUGGCGAUGCCGUGUGUCGCCCUCUACUGCCACACUGAUCACUGCAUGUUUCGUAAACCUAUGUUUAUACUUAUUUUAUUUUAAAGAACUUCUUUAUUGAUGAGAAUAUAAAAUAAAUGAUGUUUUCAAAUAA